UUUUUCCAUUUCAUAUUUUCUUGUUCGCGGAAGCUCUUUUCUCUUUGCUUACAAAUUCUCUCUUCACUCUUCUUUCUAGGGUUUCUAAAAUCCUUCGAGAUCGGAACUUCAGACUCAAAAUUCACGGCUGUUGAGAACGGCGAUCCAGUAAUUCAAGAUGAAGAUUUUUGUCAAGACUCUCAAGGGUACUCACUUUGAAAUCGAAGUAAAACCUGAAGACAUGGUUUCUGAUGUGAAGAAAUGUAUUGAGACCGUUCAAGGUUCGGAUGUAUAUCCUGCGGCUCAGCAGAUGCUCAUUCAUCAAGGGAAAGUUCUUAAAGAUGGUACUACAUUGGAGGAGAACAAAGUUGCAGAGAAUAGCUUUGUUGUUAUAAUGUUGACCAAGACUAAGAGCUCGUCUGGUGAAGGCUCAACAACAAGUGCACCUAGUAAGCCACCCCAAACAAGUGCCCCCUCUCCUGCUCCUGCUCCUGCAGCUGCUCCCACACCAAUAUCAACUCCGGCUCCUGUAGCAACACAACCAACACCUGGCGAGCAAGUGACACCUUCUCCUGCUCCUGGCUCAGUUCCUGCUCCAGCUGCUGCUGCUUCAGCCACAGCAGUGCCAGAUGCUGAUGUGUAUGGCCAAGCAGCAUCUAACCUUGUUGCUGGAAACAGCUUAGAAGGAACAAUUCAGCAAAUUUUGGAUAUGGGUGGAGGAACCUGGGAUAGAGAUACUGUUAUCCGAGCUUUGCGUGCUGCUUUCAACAACCCUGAGAGAGCUGUUGAAUAUCUCUAUUCUGGCAUUCCUGAGCAAGCUGACAUUCCACCAGUGGCCCGAAGCCCUGCAAAUGCACCAGCCACAGAUCCUUCAUCCCAACCUUUGCAGUCAGUACAACCAACAGCUGCCCCUUCAACCGGGCCUAAUGCAAGUCCUUUAGACCUUUUUCCCCAGGGACUUCCAAACAUUGGUGGCUCUGGUGCAACUGGUGCUGCCAGUGCUGGGACCCUAGAUUUUCUACGGAACAGCCAACAGUUCAACGCUUUGAGGGCAAUGGUGCAAGCUAACCCACAAAUUUUGCAGCCAAUGCUUCAAGAACUAGGGAAGCAAAAUCCUCAUCUCAUGAGGCUAAUCCAGGAGCAUCAGGCCGACUUUCUUCGCUUGAUAAAUGAACCUGUAGAAGGUGGAGAGGGAAAUGUACUUGGGCAGCUUGCUGGGAACAUGCCACAGUCUGUAACUGUCACCCCUGAGGAGCGGGAAGCCAUUGAACGUCUUGAAGCAAUGGGAUUUGAUCGGGCUCUCGUGUUAGAGGUUUUCUUUGCCUGCAACAAAAAUGAGGAGCUCGCUGCAAAUUACCUCUUAGAUCACAUGCACGAGUUCGAGGAUUAGAUCACUUUCUAUAUUUGCCUUUUUUUCUCUAUCAAGAAAAGAGGUCUCAGAGUAAUCUCUCUCCUUCUCUCUCUUUCUCUCUCUCUUAUAACAUUUUUCUGUUUAGAGCAUAAUGAUGUGGAGUGUGUGGAGUGUAAAAGUUGUAUUUUUCUACCUAUAAUCUCUCUGCCUCUGUUGUUAGGAUUCAAUUAAAAAUAAUAUAUUUAUAAAAAAUAUAUAGAUGUUUUUAUCAUUCA